GCCCCCACAAGGCGAGGUGAGGAAGUGAGCCCCCCGCGCCACGGCACGCGCCCGUGGGCUUUCCUCCUCCCCUCCCCGUGCCGCACGCAGAUGGCCGAGCCCGAGCGCCGGCGCCGCCGUCUCCUCCUCCUCCUCCUCCUCCUGCUGCUGUGCCGCCUCGCCUUCGUCCUCCCCAACGCCGAAGUGGACGCCUUGCAGGCUUUCGUGGGAGGGUUCGCCGCCGGCAACCCGGCGUUCCAGAGCUGGGACGCCACCAUGCCCACCCCUUGCACCUGGUUCCAUGUCACCUGCGGUCAGGGGAGCCAGGUGAUCAGGCUGGAUCUCGGCAACCAGUCGCUGUCCGGCGAGCUGAAACCCGAUAUUUGGCAGCUGCAAGCGUUGCAAUCCCUAGAACUUUACGGCAAUAACAUCAGCGGGAAAAUACCUAGCGAGCUUGGGCGCUUGUCAAGAUUGCAAACUUUGGAUCUCUAUUUGAACAAAUUCACUGGUGAAAUACCGAAUGAAUUGGGAAAUUUAUCAAAGCUUAGUAACCUCCGUCUUAACAACAAUAGCCUGUCAGGUCCAAUUCCCAUGUCUUUGACAACAGUCCAAACUCUUGACGUGCUGGACUUGUCACACAACAACCUGUCGGGAGUAAUACCGACGAGUGGUUCAUUUUCACGCUUCACCCCAAUUAGUUUCACCGAUAACCCGUUUACUUUAAAAAAUUCUUCUGAUUCUCCAUCAAAUAACUCAGCAACGGCGCCAUCAAGUGGAAGUAGUGCAUCCAACAUUGCAAAAAUUGCUGGUGGAGCUGGUGCAGGUGCUGCCAUGUUGUUUGCUGCUCCUAUUGUAGUGCUCGCAUGGUGGUGGCGUCGUAAACCACAUGAUCAGUUCUUUGACUUACUAGAUGAAGAAACUCCAGAAGUUCAUCUGGGUCAGCUCAGACGGUUCCCCCUGAGAGAACUGCAAGUUGCAACAGAUAACUUCAGUCCAAAUAACAUGCUAGGGAGAGGAGGCUUUGGAAAGGUCUAUAAAGGAAGAUUGCUUGAUGGUUCAUUGAUAGCAAUAAAAAGACUAAAUGGAGAUCGAAUUGGAACCGGAGAGCGGCAGUUCCUUAUGGAAGUCGAGAUCAUCAGCAUGGCCGUGCAUCAAAAUCUCCUACGCCUCCACGGCUACUGUAUGACACCUACCGAGCGGCUGCUCGUGUAUCCUUACAUGGAGAAUAAAAGCCUUGAGACACGCUUACGAGGUAGUCUAUCCUGCUCUGAUUCACAACCACCACUUGAUUGGCCAACACGAAGAAAAAUCGCGUUAGGGUCUGCAAGAGGCCUCUCUUAUUUGCACGAAGGAUGUGACCCCAAAAUCAUCCAUCGAGAUGUCAAAGCUGCUAACAUUUUGUUGGAUGAAAAGCUUGAAGCAGUUGUUGGUGACUUUGGUCUGGCAAGAGUUAUGGAUUACAAAGUUUCCCAUGCUGUAACCGGUGUGAUGGGCACACUGGGGCACAUUCCCAUGGAGUACCUGACUGCAGGAAGAAUUUCAGAUAAGACUGAUGUUUUCGGGUAUGGCAUCAUGAUUUUCGAGCUGAUUAGUGCGAGAAGGGGGUUUGAUCUUGUUGGUCUUGCAAAUGAAGAAAAUGCCAGAGUGCAUGAUUGGGUGAAGAAACUGCUGGAAGACGACAGGCUGGAGGUGCUGAUUGACCCAAACUUACAGGAAAUCUACGACGGCGGGGAACAGGGAGUGCGAGAGGAGGUGAGGCUGCUAGUGAAGAUUGCGCUGCUCUGCACCCAGGAGUCCGCUCCAAGCCGUCCCAGAAUGUCGACGGUGGUGACAAUGCUAGAACAAGAUGGUACAGCGGAGCACUGGGAAGCAUGGCAGAUGAAGACGACGGUGCAGACAAGCCUGCAAGGAGGACAAGGCGUUUCUGAGGUUCGCAAUGACUCCGUUGCGAAUCUCCCUGCAGACACAUUGUCUGGUCCAAGGUGACAGCCACCUUAAGGACUAUGAAGAGUGAUUCUUGUUUCUGUAGAGCUUACUGAAUUUAGACAGAGCACAUAUAUAUUUUUUUUUAAAAAGCAGAUUAUACGUCUUUGCAAUGUUUUCAAGUCGUCAAGUCGACUCUAGUUGCCAUGGAACCGACCAGCCGAUUAGUCGCGAUUAGUCGUCGACCAGAUUGAUUAGUUGAGUCUGGUCGAUCCUGGUCGUUCAUAUAGUUUUCUAGUAUA